GGAAGAGAAAACUUCCACCAGCCGUCUCCAAACCGCCGCAUUCCUCCGCCACAUUACCACCGGCCAGCAGUGCAAAAUUACCAAACCACCCUUCUUCAUAGAUUUUGAGAAUUAGAAUAAAACGAUGCAAAACCCAGUGGUUCUGUUCAAAUUGCCGCAUUUGCCCUCGUGGCGACUUUCUUAUCACUCGCCAUUUUUCUCACUCUUCAUUAGACACAAAAAGCUCAGCAAAGCGAGAAGACCGAGAGAGAGAGAGUGGAGUGGCAGUGGCAAUAGCAGGACCAGAAGUUGCAGUGGUGGUGGGGUCUGGGCAAUGCCUUGCUCUGCAAUCGGCGGUACUGGCGGAGGCGGUGGCGACGGUAAUGGUGCUCUGACCAAUUUCAAGCUGAACGAGUCCACAUUCUUGGCCUCCCUCAUGCCGAAGAAAGAAAUUGGCGUGGAUCGAUUCAUCGAUGCGCAUCCCAACUACGACGGCCGCGGCGCCCUCAUCGCUAUCUUCGAUUCUGGAGUGGAUCCAGCUGCUUCUGGAUUACAAGUUACAUCUGAUGGAAAGCCGAAAGUCCUAGAUGUUCUUGAUUGCACCGGGAGUGGCGAUGUUGAUACUUCGAAGGUAGUCAAGGCCGAUGGCAACGGUUGUAUUCCUGGAGCUUCAGGAGCAUCUCUGUUUGUCGACUCUUCAUGGAAAAAUCCUUCUGGUGAAUGGCAUGUGGGCUAUAAGUUGGUAUAUGAGCUAUUUACUGAUACAUUGACUUCUCGCUUGAAGAAGGAAAGAAGGAAGAAAUGGGAUGAACAAAACCAAGAAGAAAUUGCCAAGGCUGUUAAAAAUCUUCAAGAAUUUGAUCAGAAACACAGUAGAGUGGAUGACGUUCACUUGAAAAGAGCUCAGGAGGACCUGCAAAAUAGAGUUGAUUACCUACAAAAUCAAGCUGAUAGCUAUGAUGACAAAGGGCCUGUCAUAGAUGCCGUUGUAUGGCAUGAUGGAGAAGUAUGGAGGGUUGCCCUUGACACACAGACUCUUGAGGAUAACCCAGUUUGUGGAAAACUUGCAAACUUUGUGCCCCUAACUAAUUAUAGGAUAGAACGAAAAUAUGGUGUUUUUAGCAAAUUAGAUGCCUGUACAUUUGUUGCUAAUGUAUACGAUGAAGGGAAUAUCCUUAGUAUCGUAACAGAUAGCUCUCCACAUGGCACUCAUGUUGCUGGUAUUGCUACUGCUUUCCACCCGAAGGAACCCCUGUUGAAUGGAGUUGCACCUGGAGCACAAAUAAUAUCUUGUAAGAUUGGAGACUCGCGUUUAGGUUCAAUGGAGACUGGAACUGGCUUGACUCGAGCCUUGAUUGCUGCUGUGGAGCAUAAAUGUGAUUUGAUCAACAUGAGUUAUGGAGAACCUACACUGCUGCCAGACUAUGGGCGUUUUGUUGACCUUGUUAAUGAAGCUGUGAACAAGCACCAUCUAAUAUUUGUGAGUAGUGCUGGCAAUAGUGGGCCAGCAUUGAGCACUGUUGGAGCACCUGGUGGUACCACAUCAAGCGUUAUAGGAGUUGGUGCAUAUGUCUCUCCUGCAAUGGCUGCUGGUGCUCAUUGUGUAGUUGAAGCUCCAGGCGAAGGGCUUGAGUACACUUGGUCUAGUCGUGGGCCAACCAGUGAUGGAGCUCUUGGUGUCUGUAUAAGUGCUCCUGGUGCGGCUGUUGCUCCUGUUCCUACAUGGACUCUUCAGCAACGCAUGCUUAUGAAUGGAACAUCAAUGUCAUCUCCAUCUGCUUGUGGGGGAAUUGCACUGCUCGUUAGUGCAUUGAAGGCUGAGGGUAUUCCUGUGAGUCCAUACAGUGUAAGGAAGGCUCUUGAAAAUACAUCUGUUCCUAUAGGCAGUUUGCCUGAAGAUAAACUAUCAACUGGACAAGGGCUUAUGCAAGUUGACAAGGCACAUGAAUAUCUAAGGCAGUGCCGGGAUGUACCAUGUGUUUGGUAUCAGAUACAGAUAACUCAGUCUGGUAAAACAACUCCUACAUCACGAGGAAUCUACUUACGGGAGGCUAGUACUUUCCAACAAUCAACCGAGUGGACGGUGCAAGUUGAACCGAAAUUUCAUGAAGGUGCUAGUAAUUUGGAAGAUUUGGUUCCUUUUGAAGAGUGUAUUGAGCUCCAUUCCAGUGACAAGGCAGUUUUGAGGGCUCCCGAUUUUCUCCUUCUUACUCAUAAUGGGCGUAGCUUCAACAUAGUAGUGGAUCCCACCAAGCUUAAUGAAGGUCUGCACUAUUUCGAACUCUAUGGUGUUGAUUGUAAAGCACCAUGGCGCGGUCCUCUUUUCAGAAUCCCUGUUACCAUGACAAAGCCUAUAGCUGUGAUAAGUCGACCUCCACUGUUGUCAUUCUCUAGGAUGUCAUUUUUGCCAGGCCACAUAGAAAGGAGAUUUAUAGAAGUACCUUUUGGUGCUACAUGGGUUGAAGCAACUAUGAAAACAUCAGGAUUUGAUACAGCAAGAAGAUUUUUUGUUGACUCUGUUCAGCUAUGUCCCCUGCAAAGGCCCCUUAAAUGGGAGAGUGUUGUAACAUUCUCUUCUCCUGCUGCCAAAAGCUUUUCAUUUCCUGUUGUGGGUGGUCAAACAAUGGAAUUAGCUAUUGCUCAAUUUUGGUCGAGUGGCAUAGGAAGCCAUGAAACAACUAUUGUGGAUUUUGAGAUUGUGUUUCAUGGAAUUAACAUUAAUAAAGAUGAAGUAGUACUUGAUGGAAGUGAAGGGCCGAUCAGAAUUGAAGCUGAAGCUCUACUGGCUUCUGAGACACUUGCACCGGUUGCUAUUCUAAACAAGAUAAGAAUUCCAUACCGGCCGGUUGAGUCUAAACUUUGUUCUCUCUCAACAGAUCGUGACAAACUACCCUCAGAAAAACGUAUUAUGGCACUUACUUUAACCUACAAGAUCAAAUUGGAAGACGGAGCUGAAGUCAAGCCUCAAGUUCCGUUACUUAACAAUCGUGUAUAUGACACGAAAUUUGAGUCUCAAUUUUAUAUGAUCUCUGAUGCAAACAAGCGUAUACAUGCAAUGGGAGACAUCUAUCCGAGUAAAUCAAAACUGCCCAAGGGAGAGUACAAUUUACGGCUAUAUCUAAGACAUGACAAUGUGCAAUACUUGGAAAAACUGAAGCAGCUGGUGUUGUUCAUCGAGAGAAAUUUGGAAGAGAAGGAUGUAAUCCGAUUGAGCUUCUUCUCCCAACCUGAUGGCCCUUUGAUGGGAAACGGUAGUUUUAAGUCCUCGGUAUUAGUUCCAGGGAAAAAGGAAGCAUUCUAUUUAGGUCCACCAUCCAAAGACAAGCUUCUAAAGUUUUCUCCACAAGGAUCUGUAUUACUUGGAGCCAUCUCGUAUGGGAAGCUAUCAUAUGUUGAUAAGGGAGAGCAGAAAAAUCCGCUAAAGAACCCCGUGUCUUAUCAAAUUUCUUAUAUAGUGCCACCAAAUAAGCUGGACGAGGAAAAAGGAAAAGGUUCUUCUACUUCCACCAAGCCUGUUUCUGAGCGGUUAGAAGAAGAGGUACGAGAUGCAAAGAUUAAAGUUCUUGCAAGCCUGAAGCAAGGUACUGAGGAAGAAUGCUUGGAGUGGAAUAAAUUAUCGUCUUCUCUCAAGUCUGAAUAUCCUAAAUACACCCCAUUGCUUGCCAAGAUAUUGGAAGCUGUACUUUCUCGGAACAAUGACAAGGACAAAAUCUCCCAUGAAAAAGAGGUUAUUGAUGCAGCAAAUGAGGUGGUUGACAGUGUUGACAUAGAUGAGCUGGCAAAAUUUUUUGCACUAAAAAGUGAUCCCGAUGAUGAAGAGGCAGAGAAAAUUAAAAAGAAGAUGGAGACAACCCGUGAUCAAUUAGCAGAGGCAUUGUACCAGAAAGGACUGGCACUAGCAGAGACUGAAUCUUUGCAGGGUGAUAAGCCUGCAGAGGCUGAAGGUGCAGAAGGGGGAGCAGGCUCAGAUUUGUUUGAAAAGAACUUUAAAGAACUUCAAAAAUGGGUUGAAGUCAAGUCCUCCAAAUACGGAACUCUCUCAGUACUACGCGAGAAACGUGCUGGAAGGCAUGGAACUGCACUGAAGGUUCUGAAUGACGUAAUUCAAGACGAUGGAGAGCCUCCCAAGAAGAAGUUCUACGAUCUGAAGAUUUCCUUGCUCGAUGAGAUCGGUUGGCAACAUUUGGCGACACAUGAGAGGCAAUGGAUGCAUGUUCGCUUUCCACCCAGUUUACCUCUUUUUUAGAGGUACUCGAUUUCAAUUCUCAGAGAUCAAACAAUUGCGAAAUAAUAAUAUCACAAAAAAAUGUGCUAGACCCUGUUAUUGAGUUAGCGAGCUUUUCGAGUGCUUCAAGGAUGGUUUGUAUGACAUUUAAAUGAUCGUUUCUCACGCACUCUUCGAUAUGUAAUGUUUAUGAUUAUACUCGUCUUCUUUUGCUCGUUGAACUGAAAUGUUAUUAGUUUUGUUUGCAGAGCAA